AUGGCCCUGCGGUGGACAUUUUUAAUGCUGCUCACACCUCUGCUAGCAGCACAGGAGCAGAAAGAGCCAGACCCUGACAGCUCCAGAGAACCCCAGGAAACAGGAAGAUGUAAAGUUCCCUCCGACUGGGACCCCAAGCUGCAGUUUACCCCACACCAGAGCAGCUAUGCCUUGAACGAUUUGGUGCAGCUGAGCUGUGCUGGGGAGUAUGUGCCAUCGGUCCCUGAGAUCAGAUGUAUUUCCAACGGGCCCCAGACCUUGUGGAAUGGGACUGCUACCUGCAAGGACACAUGCAAGAAACCCCAGUGGGACUCAAGACUCCACUUUGUCCCAGAAAAGUGGUUUUAUGGGCCCAAUGACGAGGUGACACUGAGCUGCUUUACAGAGGACUCUCCUCCCCUUGCUGUGAUCAGAUGUGCAAAAGAAACCUCUUCAGUUUGGAAGGAUGCUUGGGAGGUGAAGGACAUUCAGGGAACAUGGCAUGGGGUAAUAGAAAACCUGGAGUGCCACACACGAAUGUGCCAAAAACCCCAGUGGGAUGAAAAACUACAGUUUCUAUCAAACAAAGAUUAUUCCCAAAGCAAUGUAGAACUGACACUGACCUGCCAUGCAGGUCUCAAGCCAUCCUUCCCCAAGGUCAAAUGUGCAAGUGAAUUGGUGCAAGUCAGCUCUGGAAGACCACUCUAUAGAGAUACGUGGUGGAGCAGGAACAUCACAGGUGCCUGGAUGCGCAUUGAGAGGACUGUAGAGUGUAUUGAAAUGUGCCAAAGGCCCUGGCGAGACCCAAGAAUCCAACUGGUACCAGACCGGAAGAAUUACAAGAAGAACGAGGAAGUGACGCUGAGCUGUCCUGAGGGUUUCCAGCCAUCCUUCACCAAAAUCAAAUGUUGGAGUGAAGGUCAGACCAUCAGUGAUGGGAAACCUGUAAACAGAGAGAUUUGGCAGGGAAGAAACAUCAGAGGUGACUGGAUCUACAUUCACUCCAGCGUGAAGUGCAUCGAUAUCCUCCAGGUUGUCCCUGAGACCUUGGAGAUUUCCAGCACCAGCAUCAAACUGAACUGGACCUGCAGGCUCCCGGAUGCCUGCCAGCGCAUGCAGGCCGUGUGCAGUCUGGCAGGGCCUUCCUCCCCUCCCUGUGAGGCUGAGGAGGUGAAGGGAGAGGAGAUGCUACAUGGGCAGGAGGGAACAUUCACCUGUCCCCCUCUGCAGCCCUUCACUGUCUAUAAUGUCAGCAUCCUCCUGCCCCCGAGCACAAUCCUGUACACACAACUCAUCAGGACGAAGGAAACAAUGCCGGACAAACCGGAGAAGCUGUGGCUGGAUCCCAACACAGGGUCCCUCAGGUGGAAGGCUCUGCCCUCCUGCAAAGGGGAGAUCAUCGGAUACCAGUUGAACAUCACAGCCAGGAGUGCGCAGGACGGCGGCUUCCUGGAGAUGGAGCGGCUGCGGCUGAGCAGCAACGUCACUGAGCACGGGCUGCCUGAGCACAGCCCCAGCAGCAGCUACGUGGUGACGAUGCAGGGGCUCACGGCUGCCGGAGCCGGGCCUGCGUCGCUGUGGGAGUUUCAGACCAACAGCUCGGGCACCGCACAGCCUCUUGACAUCAGCUGCCGCAGCGUCGGUGACAUCUCCCCAUCCCGAGGAACGGCCGUACUUCCCCUCUAUCCCAUCUCCCGUCCCCCCGAGGCAGCGAUGGAGCACCAGCUGAUUGUGGCCGCCACACACAACAGCACGGCGGUGGAAGGCGCCUGCUUGGGGGACCCGCAGCCCUUCAACGCCAGCCGGCAGCCCGACGCCUACGUGGCCGCCGUGAUCAACCUCACCGCCCCCAUGGACUUUGUGCUGGGCGAGGGGACCCGCGGGCAGGGUUUCCACAACGCUGCCCUCCAGCUGGGCUGGGACUACACGGUCCUUCUCCGCCUCGUCUGCCGCUCGCAGCAGGCAGAGAAGUUCACCUGCAUCUGCUACAGCUUCUCCGUUGGGCAGGAGUCAUGGCCUCUGCUGGGAGGGAUGCCCAUGGUUGUGGCAGUAGUGCUGAUCGUUACACUCCUGGCACUGGGGAUUUUGCUACUCUUAGUGCUCUUCAGGAGAAAGUACAACAAUUCAAAGAACUCAGAGAACAACAGCACUAUCCCCCUGCGAAGAUGUCAAGGAGGUGUUUGCAAGCCGAACACACAGAUCCCAGUGGAGGAACUGCUGGAGGCUCUGAAGAGGUUUAAGAGGGCAGAAAUAGAGGCAGAGCAGACAGAGGAUGAAUCAGACAACAGGCAUGGUGCUGGGCGUCUGAGAGAGUAUCAGCAAUUGUCCUCCACUUUGUUGCAUCCCUGUGAUGCCGGGCAGGAGCUGUGUAAUCAGAGCAAGAACCGCUACAAGAGCAUCAUCCCGUACGAUCACUGCCGUGUGGUGCUGCAGCGCUCUGACAUGGGGAAUGGCUACAUCAAUGCCAGCUACGUGGAUAGCUACCGGAGUUCACGCUUCUUCAUUGCAGCUCAAGGCCCCUUGCCUGGGACAGUGCUGGAUUUCUGGCAGAUGGUCUGGCAGGAGAAGAUCUCAGUCAUUGUGAUGCUGACAGGCUUAGUGGAGCAGAACAAGACCAAGUGCGAGCAGUAUUGGCCAGAGCAGGAGCAGGUCUACGGGGAGUUCACCGUGACACUCAACAACAUCAGGACCACCACAGGCCUUGUCACACGCAUCUUCUGCCUGCAGAAGGCAGGUUGUGCUCUCCCAAGCUUGGUGGAGCAGUUUCACUACCAGCUGUGGCCAGACCACGGAGUCCCCAGAAACCCUGCCCAGCUCCUGUGCUUAGUGGAGAUGGUGAACAAGAGGGUGUUGGAAGCGCCUGCCGGACCCGUGCUGGUGCACUGCAGUGCAGGAAUUGGGCGCACAGGUACCUUCAUUGCCCUGGACUUCCUCCUGAAGAUGGGGAAGGCUGAGGGGAAGGUGGAUGUGUUUCAGUGUGUGCAGCGGCUGCGGGAGCAGCGGGUCAGCAUGGUGCAGACCAAGGAGCAGUACACCUUCCUCUACGAGGUGUUGCUUGAAGGCUUGCUCUGUGGCAGCACCGGGGUCCCAGUGGAAAGCAUCACCAGCCAUAUCCACUGCCUUCAGGAAUCUGAGACCUCAAGGCACAACAAUGUCCUUGAGAAGGAGUUCAAGGCCCUGCAAAAGUUUUCCGAGUUGUUCCAGCUGCUGCCAUGCAAAGAAGCAAUGAAACCCAGCAACCAGCCCAAGAACCGCAAGCCAGGGAUCCUGCCAGCGGAUUCCUGCCGGCCCAUCCUGAUGUCCUCGCUGAACAUGGAUGGCUCGCCAGGUUACAUCAACGCCGUGUUUGCCAACACAUACAGCGAGGAGGACAGACUCAUCGUCACCCAGCUGCCUCUCCCCAACACAAUGGUGGAUUUUUGGUCUCUGGUCUGGGAUUACACCUGCACAUCAGUGGUUGUGCUGAACCAGCUCCAGGAGCUGGACAAGACAUACGUGGAGUUUUGGCCCACCCAGGGUGAAGCUACAUAUGGCCGUUUCCACGUCCACCUGAUCUCAGAGGAGUCUGGAGUUGGCUUCACAGCCUGGACACUUGCCCUCACCAACAGGCAGCAGCCCAAGAAGUCUGCACUGGAAGUCCGGUUCUGGCAACUGAAGGACUGGCCCAUGCAGCAGCGUCUUCCUCCACACCCUGCCACAAUCAUCAGCCUGCUAGGGAAGGUGGAGACACACCAUCGUCAGAGCCAGCAUGGUCAUAUCCUUGUCACCUGCUGGGAUGGUGCCAGCCGGAGUGGGAUCUUCUGUGCCGCUAGUUUCCUGUGUGAGCAGAUCCAAAGCGAAGGGCUGGUGGAUAUAUCCCAGGCUGUGAGGAUGCUGAAGAGGCGGCGGAGACAACUGAUUAAAGAUGUGGAUCAGUAUGGGCUCUGCUACGAACUAGCCCUCAGCUACUUGAAUUCAUUUGAAACCUAUGGGAAUUUCAAGUAGAGGCAUGGCCACAGCCCAUCUGUGGCCAGGACUUUGACUCCUGGCAGCCUUCUAUCAGCAACAGCGGAAACCAGAGGAGAUGAGAGGGGUGUGCACAGCCCCAAGAUGCUUUACUCCCCCGAAAAGCCACCCCAAGGGUCCUCUAUGGCUGGAGAGCACAGUCUGAACUGUCUCCAAGUUGUGAUCAGGCUUUGAAGACAGAAUCUGAUCCUUUGCCCAGAGUUUUCACAGAAGCUUACCUGGACCCACAGCCUGACUAUGCAGAGCAGGGGCACCAGGACUUGAUCUGUCUGUCAGGGAUUAAUAGAACCAGCUGUCCCAUCCAUGCUCCUUCCUUCAGACAGCCCCAGGGAGAGUAGGGGUAACUCCACCAACACCCAAACUGUUUUGCUAGGGGAGCAUCAAACCUCUGUAAGAUCCAUGGGGCUCAAGAGCAUAGGCUAUUUGUCCUACUUUGGGAGAAGCAUGAAGCCCAAGGCUAACAAGAGCCAAGGGAGGGACAAUCCACACUCCUGUGGGGCUAGCCUGGUCCUUCCUACACCAUACAAUUCAUUCUUGGAGCUCCAUCUUCCUGAUGCUGAUCCAGAUGCUACAGCCCUGCCAGGUCCAGAGAUGCUCCCUCACCAGCCUGUCUGGCCCCACCAUGGCAAGGUUGUAGUGGCUCAACUUAGAUAUCUUGGAUGUUGUUCUGGCAGAGGCUGCUGCACCACGGAGACUGUUUCUGCCUUUGCUACUCAAGGGCAAGGGGCCUCAGAGCCAGGACCGAUGCCAUAGCUCUGUUCUGUGUAUCACCAACCAAUAAAGAC